AUGUUGUUUCUGGUGGUGUGUUCCUUUGGUAUAAUCUUGAUCGGGAUCAGUAAAUUAUCCGAGAUCACUCGCAUCAAUUUAUUGUUACUUCAGAAGAGACUGAUGAAUCCACUCAGCAAAUAAUCAUUGGUCCCUUUGAUGUACUAUGAUUCAAGGGAUAUGGUUCACCAACCCUGAUCUGGAUUGUCCCAGAGGAACGCACCCUAAAGAAAGCAAGAACAUUUCAUUUUCUUAUGAUUCGGUCUUUAAUCAGUAAUAAUUAGAAUGAUCGUUAGUUCUAACUUCAGCUAGUGAAAAUCAACCUUCAUGAGAAUUUGUUAAAAGAAAUUUUUUGCAGCUGACAAAAAAAUUACAAGUUGAUCUGUUUUCUGUAUUUCAGGCAUGCUUUCAGCUAUCAGGCCUGUGGGCCGUCUCUUUACCCAAGCAUCCUUGAAUUUUAGCCAUGGUUAUUGUCAAGGUUCUCUACGCUACUUCUCUCGAUCUUUAGCAGCACUUCAAAAAUCCAACCCACAGAAACUUAGAGAGGAAUGGAGUACCUCGUCAUUUGAUGUACCUGCCAUGACCAGACUCUUAGACCAUGACAACCAUGAUAAAAGAGAGAAAUUCCGAAAGAUUUUGUCGGAAGACCCUCUGAUGCAACCCAAAUAUAACAUUUCUGUGGACGAAGAGAGAGCAUUAGCGCUCAAACGACUCAAGAAACUUUGUGACCAGGGUUUCAUUUCAGUGCUGGAUUUCCGACACAAUCCGCUGUGGAUAUUUGCUGCUCAUGAGCUUGCAGCUGUAGUUGAUGGCUCCAUGGCAACAAAGAUGACUGUCCAGUUCAACUUGUUUGGUGGCACUGUGCUUAAACUUGGAACUGAACGGCAUCAUGACAAACUCCUUAAGGUAAAUAUAAUGUACCAAAGGUUCACUCAAUGAAGAGGCUGUCUUAGGGAGGCGGGUAUAUAUCAUGGUUCCCACAGGACAGGAGAUGGUCCGGGGAAAAAAAUUUCUUCAAGGUCAGGCAAAAGUCAGGGAAUUUCAGUUCAAGUCAGAGAAAAUUUAAAUUAUUUUUGAAAGAAGUCAGGGAAAAGUAAAAUUUUAAGAGUACAUAUUUAUUUCUUUCCCUCUACUUCACUGUUUUCUAACAUUAAAAAUUCUUUUGAAAAUUUAUGGAUAUGAAUGGUCUGGAAUUGGUAGAAGGUUGUGCAUGAAGUUGAACGACAAGCUGAUGUUGGCUUUUUUCAAGGACAUCAAUUUCUUUUGCACGUUCUGUUAACUGAUGAACCAUUCUAUUCAUGUACAUUGCAUGUUACUCGCUUAAAGCAGAAAUAAAUGGGUGGGGAAUGGCUGCAUGUGAGGGAAGAGUUGAGUCCAUUAUCAGGACUAAUUUGUGAAAUUGUUAAUUCAGUUGGUCAGGGAAAUGUAAUAAUUUGUCAGGAAAAAUUGAAUUUCAGAAACCACUGGCUGUGGCAACCAUGAAUGGUAUGUCGCUAGUCUGAAUUAAUUUCAAAUAUGGAUGUUUCAUGUCCCUGUCCGUUUUUAACUCAUCGUUAUGUUGUUUGUUAAUUGCCAUUCCAUCAAGACUUUGUUACUGUUUCACAGCCAUGUUGCUUGCUGGAAGGCAGGGAUUUGACAAAUUGUGCAUAUACUGCUGGAAAAAUCCUGUCUAUUGAUUUCUGUUAAUUAAUUUGUUAAUGAUUUAAAUACUGAACAAGUGACCACAUGAUGACACUAACGUACCGACAAUUUAACUUAGAUCAACUCAACCAUUUCCUAAAUCUUCUCUUGUCACCAAUGAAUAGGGAAUUGAUUCCUUGGAAGACGUGGGCUGUUUUGGUCUGACUGAGCUGGGGUAUGGUAACAAUGCUGUCCAGAUGGAAACGACAGCAACUUAUGACGACAAAACAAAGGAGUUUAUUGUUAACACACCUAGCACUGUGGCACAGAAGUACUGGAUAACCAACGGUGCAUGCGAUGCCCAUCAUAUCAUAGUGUUUUCCCAGCUAUAUAUCAAUGGAAAGAAUGAAGGUAAAUACUGUUAACACCUGACCUUCAUGCAGCUGUCAUUUAAUUAAGCUAUUCCUGGGGGUUGAGUGGGAGUACUCCCUAUAAUGGCCUAUGCAGGAAGCUCCGCUCAAAAGUGGUACCUUUUCCAGGCUUGAGAUAUUUUAACGGGUAGGGAUUUUACUAGCUGAAGCACAUAUGUUGAAAGGGUAGGGAAAUCUGUAGCCUGCGAAGCGCAGACGCAUUUCCGGUCGUCGCUUCUCUCCCUCCGAAAAAUAGCCUUUGCGAACCCGAGCGACAAAACGAUUUCCGUGACGUAAAACAUUUUUAGCCAAUCGCGGUUUAGCUCUUAAAAUCAAGGAACUAACUCGCGAGACUUCUUGCAGGAUCGUGCGCCAUGGAUAUGUUUUCAAGUUGAAAUUGAAAGGACGACGUGGCUUGUGUAUAGCCGUCCUUUUUUCUCAGAAUGACGCGUUUACGAAAGUUAAUUUGCCAGGAUUGUGGGACUGAUUGACGAAAUAAGGAUCAAUAGGAUUCAUAUCGAAGAAAAGAUUAGAGGACAUUUUUCAUCUAUUUGCCUACGGAGUCAAUGAUUUAUCAGACGUAAUUGUUUUGAUCAUAUUCGAAACGAUAACUGUACUAAUGACAGUAGACGCAUCAUGCCGUUUGUUGCUUCUGUUCCUUUCUGGUUCCUGGCAGGAAAGUAUGCCUUGGAGAACUCUUCGAUAGUUUGUCGUGUGCCGUUUUAGAUAUUUUUUAGUAGAUAUCCUUUAUCUUUGAAAGGUAGGACAUGUGGUAAUUGAUUUCCCAUGCGUGGUUGCUUCUUGGUUCAGAUAGAACUUUGAUCAGAUCGAAAGCAUUUUAUAUUUGCUCCGGUAUAUUUCUUUAAAUACAUGUUCUUUUCAAGGUUCUCAUUUCCAUAGUUUUUUGUGAGAUGAGUAGAAGCGUCGUAGCUGAAAUGUCAUUUUGACUAUGAUCUAUUUACUGCUGUAACUAUUUAUUUCACGCUGGGUCUGGCCCAGGUUUAUAAUAUUUCAGAUCAUUGUGUUGUGGCGAUACUAGAAUUAUUAACGAGCGAUUGUUAGAGAUUUCUGAAUCAGUCAAGGAUGUGUCUGUGUAAUUGAUUCACCACCUUUUGUCAGCGCUGGUUAAAUUGAAAUAAAUAAGUCUGAGCGCGAUGUCAUUAAGCUAUGUUGCUUUCCUUUCGCUGUAGCGAUUAUUUUGUCCAGGUUUUGUUUAUGUCACGUACUACCGUAUUUUAUAAAGCGAAACCAAAGGCCCACAUCACAUACAUAGCUUAAGAAGCAGUUGCUUCAUAAAGAAGUCAGCAUUCAACGUCGCAGGAAACCUUGUUAUGGUCGUGAAAUUCACGUUCCAAAGCGUAUUUGGUAAUUCUCUCCAAAAUCCAAGACACUUCAGCGCGCGAGGUCGCGAGGAGUCACUCGAGCUGUAUUCUAUCCUUUGAUCUGAUUGGCCUACAUCAAAACAAAAGGUUUUACGUCACGGAAAUCGUUUUGUCGCUCAGGUUUGCAGACGCUAUUUUUCGGAGGGAGAGAAGCGACGACCGGAAAUGCGUCUGCGCUUCGCAGGCUAGGAAAUCUGUCAAUUUGGCCUGAAAAAGACCCAAAAAGGCUAACAGAUGUAUUACAUUGUUGUGAAAAAGUCAAGAAAAUAUUCUGGUCUAUUUGUGAUUUAUUCAUAUAAAACUCUGUCCAGUAUCCCCCUGGGUAGCUAUCCCCCCCCGAGGAGCUAACCUGUUUAAGGUGUAACAGGUUUUUUUAAGCCCUUCCUCUGAAAGGCCCUAGAUGAAGUGCUGCUGAUUACAUGCAUGGCCAGAUAGUGAGUUAAGUGCUGUAAAUCCCUAGUGUCAUAUUUUUUCAUAUUUUUUAGUUUGAUUCUCAUUCUAUGCAUUCCAUUCAUUGUUGGUAGAAGUUUGAAACAUAUGCUGGCCACAUAUGUGCCACUCAUUUUUUUACUUUCACAGAGAUUUGUAUAUUUUCUUCUUACAAAAAAUAAUAUGAAAUAUCAAGUACAUUAUUACUAAUAUUUUAAAUUUAUACUACAAGGAGUACUAGUUUAAAGCAGAAUAUCCAGUACACAGGAAUAAGUAUUUUUUACGCAAAAAAAAAUGCACAUGGUAAAAGUACAUACAAAAAUGACAAAAGAAAAUGUUAUAGCUAAAGAAAAAGAAAACAAAACAAAACAAAAAAAAGAAGCAACAAACAACAACAAAAACAAAAACAACCAGCAAAGCAAGUGAACCAACACCAGCACCAUAGCCACAUGCAAGAGUCAGGUUAAACAAAUAGCUGGGGAGGCGAAACAAUUCUUACUGAGAUUAGACUAGUGUUAAGUUUCGUGUGAGUUUUUCGGCUUUCCAUUGUUUAGUUGAUAUGUGAAAGAACUCAUGGCGUGAGUGGCACAUAACAGUUCAUAUGUGCCACUCAUGCAUAAUAGCAACCUGCAGAUUAGGAUUGUGGGAUCUUCAGUUACCCACAAUGAAGCGCUGACUUUUGAGUCAAUACAUUUAAGUUUCUAACUAAUGACAAAGCGCUUUAUGCAACAAUGUCUCAGUCUUUUUUUAUUAGUUGUACUUAAUUUCUGUGUGUUUUUUUGUUGUGUUUCGGAGUUGUCAUUAAGGGCCGUAACCCCUAACAUCUGUUACGGCUAAGCUCACUCUAUGUUAUGGGUGAUCAAAGUGGAAAGCUAAAGUAACAGUAUAGUGAUUUUCGGAAUUGUUUCAGGUGAAUCUUCAUUUGUUGCAGACUUACAGUUGCUUCAAAACUUUAUGACAGCACUGCUUUUUAUCUGUUUUCAGUGUAUUUUUUUUUACAAGACUCUGCUUAAAGGAGCUCUCUUAAUGUUAAACUACAGCAGCUGUACACGUUCCUAUUUCAAUCAAUCAAUCAAUGAAUUAAAAAAAAACAAAACAAAUACAUAACAACAUAAUAAUCUUUAAUGAGGUGGUGCAUAUUUUUAAACAGGUAUCCAUGGUGUGUUAGUACCUAUACGCGACAAAAAUCUCAAAGAAGUUCCUGGAUCCCACAUCCAUGACAUGGGGCACAAAAUGGGUCUGAAUGGAGUGGAUAAUGCCAAGUUCAUAUUUGAGAAUGUACGAGUGCCGAGAGAGAACCUGUUAAACCUGUAUUCUGAUGUGGAUGAGGAUGGUAACUACACUACCAAAGUAGAGGGAAAUGUACGUAAGAGGUUCCUUACUGUUGCUGAUCAGCUGCUGUCUGGACGUCUCUGCAUCUCAAGCAUGUCACAAGGUUACACACUUGCCAUAAUUCCACUAUUUAAAGCCUCUUAGGGGCUUAUUCAUUUCAAACACAUUUGAGGGGGGUGUUAAUAGAGACAGAGGGCUUCUUGGAGGGGGGGGGGCUUCUUCAAUUUAGCAAAGACUAUGGUAUCAGUUCUACAUAAAGUACUUACUACAAAGUGGAAAAGCUCAAGCACAAAAAGUUGGAGAUCUUGCAGCCGAGGAUCAAAAACAAAUUAUCCUAACUUCCAGUUGGUGAAUAAACCAUCCCGGACUGAUCAGUCUUCACAAAGGUUUACAGUUGUAAUUGAUUAAUACAGUCUCUCAUUUAUUAGUGAAGAAUAGUAAGGGGGGGGGGGGCGGACAGGGGGGCUUAUUUGAGAGUUGUGGGUUAAUAGAGGAUUUAUGGAAAUUCCCUCUAAGAUUAGUAACUGUUACAAGACAAAUAUAGUCAAAGCUAAGUUCUCCUUGUUACCACUUUAGCAUAUGUGCCAACUCUCCCAGAUUAUAUGGGAAUUGAGUCUUGAGGAUACAGCACCAAAUCUCCAGGAUGAAAUUGAACUGUGAACUGUUCUGUGCUUUAGUGUAGAAUUUAGCUCAUUUUUCCAAACAUUCAAACCAUUUUUGAUCAUAGUACAGUUUCUGUUGCAUUUUUGUCCAUAUUUCAUGACUGACAAAACUAUUUAUGGUCAAAAAGCUUGAAAAUGGUGAUGGUUUUGACUCUUCACAUCAUGUAGGAAUUCAUAUGUCCUCUGAGGCCUCUGGUGUUUAAACACUAGAUAGCAUAAUUACUGGAUAAAUCACUGUCCAGGGGAUAAACAUUAGUGAAACCAAAAAUUGCAAAAGUGAUUUAUCCAGUGGAGAGCGAUUUAAUGAGUGGAUAGUGUUAUCCACCUUUUGAACAACUUUGAUGAGUGCCACACCCCAGGGCUGGAAAAAUUCUCAUCUUGUAGUCUGGGACUAUAAACUGAUUUUCUUGCUGGGAAUUUACUUGCCCAGUGGGUGAGAGCCCAGGCAAGUCAUCCUGUAACAAAAUUAUCAUCUUGAAAACUAAAAUAAGCAAGAAGUGUCCCCCGGUAAGCAAAAUGUGUGAGCUGCUUUCCCAAAGGACAAGAUAGAAUUCCAGUUUAUUUUGUACCCUUCACCAAUUUCAUCAUAAUUUUGGAAAUGGGAUAAUUUGUGUUUAUUGGUUGGAGGGAGUUUUGUUGGGAAGGGGCUACUGCAAGAGAGAGAGAGUUCUCCAGAAGUCGGCAUCUCUGCUCUGGAAGUAACCAGCCCUAAUUAGAACCACAUCACAAAAUUGUGAAAGCCCAUUGGAAAUGCACUAUGUAAUAGUGAUAGUAAUAAUGGGCUUUUUUGCCUUUUUUCAGAAGUAAACCUCAUGUUUAAUUUUUUAAAACAUACUUUUAAAAUAUGAUGUGUGAUUUCUCUAGGUGUUGCUAAAGCUUGUAUCACCAUUGCAACCCGCUACUCAGCGACUCGUUUAACUGUGGGGCCUGAAGGCAAGUCUGACACGCCAAUACUGAAAUACCAGCUUCAGCAGCGUGCACUGAUGCCUCUCCUGGCCAAGACUUAUGCACUGGACUUUGCUCUUUCCUAUAUCAAGGACUGCUGGGCAUUUCAGGUAAUUCUCUUCAUAAAAUAGACUGCAAGUUGUCUUUCUUGCUGGGAAAUCUGUGAGCAAAUGCAAUAUGUGAGCGUAGGAACAACAAAGCCCCCAUCAGUGAGUUGUUUGGUUGCCAGUAUAAGCGAAAAAACUGGCUCGUACGUCAAAGAGAUUUCAUUUGAAUGCGUGGUAACACCACAGGACUUAAUCAGUUAAUCCAUGGGUAUCCAUGAAAAUUAGAGGGGAAAAAUUAAUAAUCUCACCAUAACUUUGUUAAGGAGUUGAAGAGGGGUUAAAUACCCUUAUAUGAAGAGAUGCAUUUCAUGUUCCUUGUUUCUAGCCAGAAGAUGGGUCAGACCAUGCUAAUGUGGUUACCAUGUGUUGUGUGAUCAAAGCAUUGACUGGCUGGCAUGUGGGCGAGGCUGCCUCUGUUUGUCGUGAGAGGUGUGGUGGACAGGGGUAUCUCUCCUGUAACAGAUUCGGUGCUGCAAUAGGAUACGCCCAUGCUGCUAUGACAGCAGAGGGUGAUAAUGCUGUGCUGAUGCAGAAGGUGACAACUGAGAGACUGAUGGUGUUCAAGCCAUCUAAAGAAAAGGCAGAGGUGGGGACAGUUGAUUUGGACAGCGUCGAGUCCCUUCAUAGACUACUGGAGGCCCGAGAGCAGGUGCAGUUUAUGGAGUUAGGUAUGAAGAUGAAGAAGGCUGGAGCUAAAGAUCGCUUCAGUGCUUGGAUGUACCACGAACAAGACCUUGUCCAGUCAUGUGCGCAUGCGUAUGGUGAGAGACUGGUCAGCGAGUGCUUCAGCAAUGCAAUCGACAAAGCAGACGCUUCCUUGCAGCCAAUCCUGAGUGAGCUGUAUCAUUUGUACCUCAUUACUGUAGUACAAAAAGAUCUUGGAUAUUUCACUACCUCACGGUUCCUGCCCAUAGAGACUGGGGCGAAUGUGGGGCGAGUAGCCGCUGACUUGUGUCGUGAAAUAGGACCGCAGGCUCUUUCUCUCUGUGAUGCCUUUGGAUUGACGGAAGAGAUGUUGAGCGCACCAGUGGCAAGAGACUGGGUCGAUUAUAAUGUAACUGAUAACAGAGGAGAACUGUCGUGAGCAAAAUCGUGUUCACUUAGAUCACGUGAUAAUGCCAAGAUUGACAGUGUGUAAGCAUUUAAAACCACGAUGAACCACUUAAUUUUAGAGUAAACGACGCCGUUAAUUUUGAAGAGUUAUGUAUGUGCCAUGAAUAAGAAAGAACAGCACGUCUUUCCCCCUUAGCCAUUUGAACUGGCCAUCUGUAGGUGGUGAAUUUGUAGCAUCGCCUGCGUGUACUUUGUUCAUAUCAGAAGUGCAACUAGUAGGCUUUCUUCUUGAUGAAAAACGAAACAUAACAUGGGCAUAGCCACCUGCAAGUCAGUAGAGCUUUUCUCUUGUUCCUUUUUGGCGAACUCAUGAAUCGAGUUGGGAUACUGUUAUGACCAUGGAAUUAUUAAUUAAAGGAUGCGGAAAAACCGGUUUGACAAUAAAGAACAAGAUUGACUAGUCCAGCGUUUCACGGUUUGACAACUUCAAAUACUCGACUCGAUUGAGGUAGCGCAGGCCUCCUAUUCUAUUCCUCGGUAUGAGACUCUGCUCACCAACCUCGUCCCCAGGGCUCUUUUCCCUGACUUUCCCAAGCCAGGGAAAAGCGCCCUGGGGACGAAGUUGUCUGCUCACGGGGUGGAAGGCACGGGCGUACCUCAAAAAGAAAUGUCGAAGAUACCAAAAAACAAAAACAAAAUAUGAAUGCAAAGCAAAAGAGGACAGAGAGAUUGGUUAAAAAGGAAUAGCUGAUAAAUGGUGCAAUUGCCAUUGACACGUAGCCUGCGCGCAGACGAAAUUAAACUUCGAUCAGAAUUUAGUUAUCGUCUGCACGCAGGCUAUUGACACGUCGUUGUAACUUUCUGUAGAUAAUUUUUCAAGACAGAGAUAGGUGUUUCCUCCUAUUUUGCCAAGAGAGACCAUUACCUGUCCUCACCAUACUGAUAAAAACUAAGAACAUUUAAUCAGGGACACCUAACGACUGAAUGUUUCCAAAGACGUUAUAAGUUUCUAAAAUGGUCUACUUGGUUAAUUUAGAGCUGCCCUAAAAAAUAUUAAUCUAUCUGUUCGGAUGGCUAGUCGUCUCAGUCUCAAGUUUCAGUUGGCUUUUUGGUCCCAUCCGAAACUGUUAGCUUCCCUGGUGGAUCCUGUCGAAUAAUGGAGCACAUGGAGUAGCCGUACUUUCAUUAGAAAAUUCCAUAGGGGGUAUUUUGUCUUUUCCAUCUUGAUCUUUGAUCUUGUAUGUGAAUAAAUAUGGUAUUCUAUAAUCACAUGAUCUAUGUUAUUUUAUUAGCUUUGCCCUGAAGAAGACAAAAAAAAUCACUGAAGAUAUGCAAACUAGUAAUAAGAACGUAACAAUACACUAAUAAUAACUUAAAUAUUUGGGCAGGGACACCGCAACAGCUAAAGCCAAUUACUGCGGACCCAAAAAGUCUUCAUUCUAUAAUCCAGAAAUUGUUAGCCUUUUUCUCUAGCUGUAGAAAUUGCUGGGCAAUAUUUCCUCCUUCGAACAGUUAGGUCGAACAAACGUUGGGUGCCCCUGUUAAAUCAUUUCACCCGUGUGAAAAUGAUUUGGGACACCGGUAGGACUGGUUUAAAACACGAUGCGUACCUUUGGGAAAUUUCUCGCUCAGCCCCUGAAUAAAAAUACUGAAGGAAUAAAGAUUAAAGGUAAUAAUAGUAAAAACAGAAAAAAUUAUUGUCAGUGUUAAAAAUUCUACAGUUUAUCCCAGCAGCUGUAGCCCUGAUGAGAUUCAGGAGCAGAUUCCGAGUAGCUUGUUCCAAACGUUAAGAUGGUGGGGAGCGAGUUAAAUCGUACGCAGCGAGCUCAAAAGGAAAACGAGGUUUUUUUCCCCCGACAAUUUUUCGCCCGCGUCCUACCCUCUGAACACCUGAAACAGGCUAGUUUUCAAGCAACUGAUGCCCAGGGACGCUCCCUAAAUUAAUUUUAUGAGUUUGAAUUGGCAGAAACGACCAAAUAUAGAACCUUGUGGAACCUACCUAUAGAGAAAAAGUGAACUCAAAUUGGAGCCAUCUUAG